AUGGCAGAAAGUGCUAAUCCUGACUUGAGUGGAAUGACAAAAACGAUGAAAGACAAGUAUGAUAAGUAUUGGGGAAGAGUGGAGAAAAUGAACAUGUUGAUUUUUAUUGCUUACAUGCUUGAUCCUAGAACAAAGUUUGAGUAUUUUGAAUUCAUUGCUUGUAAAAUGUAUGGUGAUACCGAGGGUGCCGUUGUGGCUCGUGUAGCCAAGGAUGCAAUGUAUGAAUUGUUUGAUAAGUACAAGAGAUUCAAUACUGAUGCUGGAUCAACUACUAUUUCUCAAUCCUCUACUUCUUCACUGUCUAGUGGAUCUGAAAAUAGCAUCUCUUCCUUUGAUGGAGAAGCAUCGGACAAGGAGUUGAAUGUAGAAGAAAAAUUGGAGGAACUUGAGGAAUUUGAAUCUGGUUUGAUCAAAGGAGGUGCAGGCGCCAUAAUUGUUGAUGUUUGA